AAAAUGCUGUCUGUGAGGAGGAGACACUGGAGGAGGAGCACAGGAGCAGCGAAGAGCUGAGGCUCUGGAAUUACCGGCUCCUCAAGGUCUUCUUCGUGCUCCUCUCCCCUGAAGGCUUCUCUCUGGGCUCCAUGGUUCAGUCUCACACCAAAGGCAUCCGGAUGUGGUGUGUACGUCACCCUAAGAAACCAAACUACACCCUAGUUCUGCUUGACACUAAGGGGCUGGGAGAUGUAGAGAAGGGUGACAACCAAAAUGACUCCUGGAUCUUUGCCCUGGCAAUACUGCUGAGCAGCACCUUUGUGUACAAUAGCAUGGGGACCAUAAACCAGCAGGCCAUGGACCAACUGCAGUAUCCUUUCUGUGGUCCAGAACAGCAUCAAAAUCAGAGCCAUUUUUAUCUUUCUCCAGGUACCAGUCUUAAAAAUGAAAAAUUUAACCUGCCCCGACUUUGUAUCCGAAAGUUCUUCCCAAAAAAGAAAUGUUUUGUCUUUGAUCGGCCCACUCAUCGGAAGAAACUAGGCCAACUUGAGACAAUGCAGGAUGAUGAGCUGGACCCCGAAUUCGUGCAACAAGCUGCUGACUUCUGUUCCUACAUCUUUAGCAAUUCUAAAGUCACAACUCUUUCAGGAGGCAUCCAAGUCAAUGGACCCCGACUGGAGACUCUGGUUAUGACCUAUGUCAGUGCCAUCAGCAGUAGGGACCUGCCCUGCAUGGAGAACGCCAUCCUGGCCUUGGCCCAGAUAGAGAACUCGGCUGCAGUGCAAAAGGCCAUUGCCCACUAUGACCAGCAGAUGAGUGAGAAGGUUCAGCUGCCCACAGAAACCCUCCAAGAGCUCCUGGACCUGCACAUGGCCAGUGAGAAAGAGGCCAUUGAAGUCUUCAUGAAGAAUUCCUUCAAGGAUGUAGACCAUUUAUUUAAAAAUAAAGCUAGAAAUAACUUUUGUAAAGAGAAUAUAAAAGCAUCAUCGGAUCGCUGUUCAGCUUUACUUAAGGAUAACUUCCAAUCUUUAGAAGAAGAUAUAAAGCAGGGCGUUUAUUCUAAAUCAGGAGGAUAUCGUCUCUUAAUGCAGACUGUGAACGAGCUGAAGAAAAAGUAUCUUCAGGAACCCAGGAAGGGAAUACAGAGUGAAGAAGUUCUUCACACAUACCUGAGGUCCAAGGAGUCUGUGAUUGAUGCAAUUCUACAGAAAGACCAGAAUCUCACAAAAAGGGAAAAGCUGAUUGAAGUGCAACGUAUGAAAGCUGAAUCUGCAGAGGCUGCAGCAAAAAUGCUGGAGGAAAUGCAAAAGAAGAAUCAGCAGAUGAUGGAGGAGGAAGAAAAGAUUUAUCAGGAAUAUGUGAAACAAUUGGCUGAGAAGAUGGAGCAGGAGAGGGCCCAAUUAAUGGCAGAGCAAGAGAGGGCUCUGUCUCUUAAACUUCAGGAACAGGCCAUGUUACAAAAGGAAGGAUUCCAAGAUGAGAGCAGACAACUUCAGAGAGAAAUAGAGAAUCUCAAGAAUAACAUGGCAAGAAGCAGGAAGAAAUGUAUCUUAAUCUAAAGUCCUAAAGGAAAGAGAUUCCCUGGUCAGUCUACUCAAGGCAUAACUCAAGCAGUUUUAGAAUUUGGAAAAAGUCACAACUUGAGAAAAAGUGGCCCUCUUUAAGCUGAUAAAAGAAAUCUACAAAAACCCCUUCACCUAACAUACUUAAUGAUAA